CAGAUUCUUCUCCCACUAUACAACUAUUGGUUUUUCAGUUACUCAAAUCGAGAAACCCUAAUUUCAUAAUUCUGAGAUUUUGAGCUCAUAUCCCAAAUUUCGAAUCUCACUCUGUUUUUUCCUCUGUAAUUUCUCAGAUUUCUACCAAUGGAACCUUCAUCACAAAGUUCGAGACUUUUUCUUUUCUGCUUCGUCUUCUUCUUCAUCUCUGCUUCUAUCUUCGUUGACUCAAAAUCACAAGAUUCUUCCUCAAUUACUCCACCACCACCGCCUCCUCCACCGCCACUAUCCUUAUCUCCACCGCCGUCUCCUAUAACGGCUAUUGAGAGUAACAAGGCGAUUCACGAGAAACAUCACCACCGAAGAAAGAAAUGGAGACAGAGAAGACACCAUAAACAUCCACCACCGCCUCCUCCGAAGAAGCAGAAGGUGAACACAGGAAAGACGGUGGGGCUUUUCUUCGCCGGCGUAGCUGCAGCUUUGCAAGUAGUUGUUGCUGCUUUCUUGAUUUUCAAAAGAAGACAGCUUCUUCUUAAGAUCAAUGAUAGACACUGACAGAUUCCAAGCUUGUUGUCACAGAAAUCGACAUUGUUGAAAAGAGCUUGAAGUUAGAGUUUUGAAGAAUUACAAGGCACACAAAACAGAGAAGACAAGAAUCAAUUAAAGAGAAAAAAAGAUGAAGAAACAGGUUUUGGUGUUUUAGUCAAGGAGUAGUCCUAAGUCUUUUUUUAGCCAGUUCCUCCAAGAACACCCUUUAGCUUCUUGACUGUAGUGGCGUCAAGGAAAGUAGUACCCACGACGAGUUCAGUGGGAAGACUGUUAGCAAAGAGUGCGAAGUCGAGAAUCUGCAGACCCGGAUUAGCGCUGUUGAAAGUGACAACGGCUGAAGCAGAGGAUUUUCCCGCGUUGAUCUGGAAAUGAAGCAAGCCCUGUGGGAAAACCAUGACCUGUCCUGGUUUGAGUGUCUGCACGUAGACAGCGUUUGCCGAGGAGACAAACCCAGCGGUAAUGGAGCCAGUAAGGACAAAGAGAACCUCAGAGGCACCAGGGUGAGUGUGCAUUGGGAUCACACCUUUAGGAGCUAAGUCAAGUCUAGCUGUAGAGAGGCCUAGACCGUUCAGACCCGGGAACUGAGCUGCGAAAGCGGGUGUGACAGCGGCGUUGAUGAUGUUUGUAGUGUUUCCAGGAGUGCCUAAGCCAGAGAAGACAAAGUCUGUAGCUUUGACAUGAAUGGGACGAAUGCAAGGGUAACCCGCAGGGGUUUCAGCGCGUUUCAGGUUUGCGACACAGAAAUCUUGAACAGAGGCAUUGGAUAGAGCAAAGAGAAGAGAUAAGAGGAAGAUAGUACGCAACAUUUUGAAUGGUUGGUUUAAGAGGAAGAUAGUACUCUACUUUUCUUUUCUUUUUCCCUACUCUUCUCACUCCUCUCGGUCUCGGGUGUUUAUAUAGAGAGGUGUGGGAUAAACUGUGUGGUGAACAUUCGAAAGACGGAGAUAAGCUUUUAGAAACCAUUAUGGACGUCCAAGAAGAAGGACCACUCUUAGAAACAAACAAAACGCCUCUUUUCUUUGCCUGCCUGUUCUGCAUCAUUUAGAUCGCUGGUGAUCUUAAUGUUGAUGUAGACACUGAUAUUUACUAUUGGUUGAAGAAGAUUUCCAAUUUUUAUCAUAGAUGAAGCCGUUGAUUUCGGACUGCAGACUGCGGGGUCAAGGGUUUUGAGAAGAACAGACAAAUUAAAAGACAUCAAGCUCAAUU